UCGCAAGCAAGCAAGCAAGAGAGAGAAGUUGCAGGAGAGAGAGAGAGAGAGGGAGGGAGGUUGGUGGUGGUGGUCCGAUUGGAGAUGGACGAUGAAGUGGUGCAGCGGGUCUUCCAAGAAGGAGGGAGGGACUACUUCCAGCAGCAGCCUUCCACCUCCUCCUCCUCCUCCUCCUCAUCGAUCCUCCAGUCCCUCCCUCUCCACGUGUCUUUUGAUCACGGGUAUUAUUUGUUGGUAAAAUCCAUUCAAGAACUUCGGGAGAAGAAGGAAGGUCUCGUUACUGUGGGGAUUGGAGGACCUAGUGGUUCGGGUAAAUCGAGCUUAGCAGAGAAGGUGGAAUCUGUAAUUGGCUGUGCUGUUAUAUCAAUGGAGAACUAUCGAAUUGGAUUUGAUGAGGGGAACGAUUUGGACUCUAUAGAUUUUGAUGCAUUGGUUCAAAACCUAGAGGAUCUGACAAAUGGAAAAGAUACUUUGGUACCUGUGUUCGAUUUUCAGCACAAAAGAUGUGUCGGUUCAAAGACAAUUAAGAGUGCUUCCUCUGGUGUGGUGAUUGUCGAUGGUACUUAUGCUCUACAUGCGAGGUUACGGUCGUUGCUAGAUAUUCGGGUUGCUGUGGUUGGUGGUGUCCAUUUUAGCCUCCUUUCAAAGGUCCAAUAUGAUAUUGGAGACUCUCGUUCACUGGAUUCUCUCAUUGACAGCAUCUUUCCAUUGUUUAGGAGACACAUUGAGCCAGAUUUACACCAUGCACAGAUUAGAAUCAACAAUAGCUUUGUUUCAUCAUUCAGGGAAGCAAUCUACAAGAUAAAAUGCAGAAGCGAGUCUCCAGAUUCCUUUCCUGCCCAGGUUCUCCAAGGAAAUGAAGCUCAAACAGAUAACUUUAUUGAGAUGUACCUGAGACCUCCAUCAGCCAGUGAAGAAGCACGAAUAAACGAUUGGAUUAAGGUGCGUCAAUCUGGUAUUAGGUACUAUCUUUCCCUGGGUGACCAGAGGAUUGUGGACAAGCAUUUCAUUAUCCGACCCAAAGCAGAGUUUGAGGUUGGACGGAUGACACUAGGUGGAUUGCUGGCUUUGGGUUACACAGUUGUGGUCAGUUACAAGAGGGCGUCUACUUUUGUUAGUAUGGGCAAUCUCUCAACGGCUCUCGAAACCAUUGAUAGUCUUAGCGAGACAUUCAUGGUGCUGAGGGGUACAAAUAGGAAAGCUGUUGGUGCAGAAGCAUUGCGGUUGGGUAUAACAGGACCAUGGAUCACAAAGUCAUAUUUGGAAAUGAUUCUUGAGACGAAAGGUUGGAAUAUAUCCCGAUGUCCUGAUUGUUCAUUUAUUUCCUUUCUAGUAGCGACAAUUGCAGCUGAUCCUUUUCACCAACUUUUUGUUAAUCUGAUUACAGGUGUCCCGCGCCUUAAUACACCACCACCAUUGUCAAGUGUACCUGUGACUGGAAAUCAAGAAAGAACUGUUGUCGCCCCGAAGCCAAUUCGUGUUACCCCAAAUCUUGUGACACGGCUUGAGGAUCUGUCACAACCAUGGACUCGAUCCCCUACAAAAUCCAAAAUGGAACCCCUUGUUGCAACUUGGCACUUCAUUUCGUCGGAUCCUUCCAAUGCUGAUAAUGCAGUCUUAGAUUCUUCUUCUUUCAGGGAUACUAUGAAGCUUGCUCCGAUGCCUGAUUCAUAUGAUCUUGAUAGAGGCUUGCUUCUAGCUGUUCAGGCAAUUCAGGCAUUGUUGGAGAACAAGGGUGUCCCUGUUAUUGUUGGAAUUGGAGGUCCAAGUGGCUCUGGAAAAACUAGUUUGGCUCACAAAAUGGCAAAUAUAGUAGGCUGUGAAGUGGUUUCUCUUGAAAGCUAUUACAAAACCGAGCACAUGAGGGAUUUUAAGUAUGAUGACUUUGGGUCUAUUGACCUAUCUUUGCUUUUAAAGAAUAUCAAUGACAUAAAGAAGGGUCGGAAAACAAAAGUACCAAUAUUUGACUUGGAGACUGGUGCUCGAAGUGGAUUGAAGGAGCUCGUAGUUUCUGACGAUUGCGGUGUGAUAAUUUUUGAAGGCAUAUAUGCUCUGCAUCCUGAUAUCCGAAGAGCACUUGAUCUGUGGAUUGCUGUUGUUGGAGGCGUUCAUUCACAUUUGAUAUCUCGAGUCCAAAGGGACAAAAGCAGAGUGGGCUGUUUCAUGUCUCAGAAUGAGAUCAUGAUGACUGUCUUCCCCAUGUUCCAACAGCAUAUCGAGCCCCAUCUUGUUCAUGCACAUCUCAAAAUUCGGAAUGACUUUGACCCAGUACUUUCUCCUGAGAGUUCGCUGUUUCUUUUGAAGAGCAACAAACAAGUGGCUUAUCAAGAUAUUCUAAAAAUUCUGGACCGUGCAAAGAUCUGCAGUUCUGCUCAAAAUUUCAUUGAUAUAUACUUGCGGCUUCCUGGAAUUCCUGCUAAUGGACAGUUGCAAGAGAGUGACUGCAUAAGAGUCAGGAUAUGUGAGGGCAGAUUCGCCGUACUGAUACGGGAGCCUAUAAGGGAAGGCAAUUUCAUUAUUCAACCCAAAGUAGAUUUUGAUAUCAGCGUCAGUACAGUUGCUGGUCUCUUGAACCUUGGGUAUCAAGCUGUGGCAUAUAUCGAAGCUUCGGCCUUCAUAUAUCAAGAUGGGAAGAUUCUCAUUGAAGUUGACCAUCUACAAGAUAUUCCUAGUCCUUAUUUGCAAAUCAAAGGGGUCAACAAGGAGGCUGUAACAUCUGCUGGUUCAGCUCUAAAGUUGGAUGGCUCCUAUACAACUAAGAGCUAUCUUCAAAUAAUUAUGGAAAGAUUACCAGCAAUAGAAAGGAGUUCCAGUGGGAUUCAUACUCGACAAUCCGCAAGAUUGCAGGAGCUUGUGGAGCUUAUACAAUCUCAGGGAAGCUGUUCAGCUUCAGAAUCCUCACCAAGUAGAGAAGUCAUUCCAAUAGAAGGUGUGAUCGAGGACAUGCAAUCCAGGAUUAGAAGGCUGGAGCGAUGGCAUGCGAUUAAUACGGUCUUGUGGACUUUUCUGAUGUCCGCCCUCAUUGGCUACUCGCUUUAUCAAAGAAAGCGCCAAUGACUUUUCAGACUCCUUGCGUGUACAUAUUCCUAUUUUUUUCUUUGAUAGUAAUUGCUUAUCACAAGGGCUGAUUCAACUUUCUCAAGGCCACUGGUCUCCGAUCUCCCUCAGCAAUGAUUUUGCUGAAGGCCAUUAAAUUAACCCAGAAUUAGAAGAGGAAACAAACUCCGCAGAUUGUAGAUGCCGGUGCAGGAUUUGCUUAAUUCUUUUUCUUCUGCGUGUACUUGUUAGGAUAUUCAGAACAUGAACACCUGUUUAACAAAAAUCCUUGGUUUCCUACGAUCCCAUGGAUCGGUUGAUAUUAGAAUGCCGACAGAAGCGGAAUCCCU